GGACCGGCGUAUCGACAUCCGGGAGUCUGAUAGCCUGUGGCUGUUUUGUUUUCUUGCAGAACUGGAGUAAACCGAGGCUACAAAACCCGCCGCGGCUCCCAACUCUUGACUUGAACUGACCUGAGAAGAUGUCUGGAUUUUUAGAAGGCUCAAGGUGCUCAGAAUGUAUGGACUGGGGGGAGAAGCGGAACACGGUUGCCUCCAUUGCUGCUGGCAUUCUAUUUUUCACAGGAUGGUGGAUCAUCAUAGAUGCAGCUGUAAUGUACCCCAAGAUGGAGCAAUUCAACCACUCAUACCAUGCCUGCGGUGUCAUAGCAACUAUAGCCUUCCUCAUGAUUAACGCAGUAUCGAACGGACAAGUGCGAGGCGACAGCUACAGCGAGGGCUGCCUGGGCCAGACAGGAGCUCGCGUCUGGCUCUUCAUCGGCUUCAUGUUGGCUUUCGGAUCCCUGAUCGCAUCCAUGUGGAUUCUCUUUGGAGGUUAUGUUGCUAAGGAAAAGACCAUAGUGUAUCCUGGAAUUGCUGUAUUUUUCCAGAAUGCAUUCAUCUUUUUUGGAGGGCUGGUUUUCAAGUUUGGCCGUACAGAGGACUUAUGGCAGUGAAGACCCUGCUUCUGCAGCACAGCCGCCCUGCAUGGGAUUUCUUUCCCUGCUCACCCAGUCUUUUGUAAUACUGUUUUCUAAACUUAUUUCUGAGUAUAAUCUCAGCUUAAAAUUGUAUAAUGCUAGAAUCAUGAAAACUCCUAUGUGAACUGCAACAGCCCAGUGUGGUGUGAGCCCCAUCAGCUUCUACCACAGGAAAGGAAACCACCGACGUGAAUCACUUCGUCAGCUUCUAGCAUGGUCUAAAGAGCUGGUUACGGAGUCCUUGGUGUGAGUACUCACUCUGGGGUCCAAAGUGUUUACUAACGCAGCCUCUUCCGUGUCCAGUGUGGAAUAAUGUGUAAACAUUUUCUUGUUAUUAAAAACUAUUUGAUGGUCAGA